AUGUUUAAAUGUAAUCGAGUAAACAAUCAUUGUUCCUCACAUACUGACCUUGUGUUGCCAAAUCAACCAUUCAAAUCAGAUUCACAAACGCGUGAUAUGGAAUGUGUCAAUCUAACUCCUUUUGGUGAAUUCCUAGUAUGGACUGCGGAAGCUGUUAUUUGGUUACGUCGUAAUUAUCGAAUUAUUGGUCGUGCUUCAUUACCAUUGGAUUUAUUCAAAGGAUGUUAUCAUAAUAAAUCAAAAAAACCAGAUCGAUUACCUGUACGAUUAAGUUUUGAAGAAGUUGCUUUACUAUUAUCUAAAGGUUUUAUUCAUGGUAUUUUAUGUAGUAGACCAGUAAUUUCUGUUGCUGAACCAUCAAAAGAAACAAUUGAAGCAUAUCAUGAUGCAUUAAUGAAGAAUGCAGAAGAAAUGGUCAAUAUAUUUAAAACUCAAAAACGAUUAAAAUCAGUUGGUUACUAUGGUCAGCUAUUGAAUGGUUUAAAGUUACGUCAACAACGCCAAGCCAGAUCCAAGUUAUUCAAUCACAAUGAUUCAUCAUCAGUUAAUACAGUCGACGAUAAUGGGUGUUCAAAAAACUAUGACACAAAUAAUUUAAAUUCAUCUUUACAGAUAUCAACUAGGAAACGACGCCGCCAACGACGUUUACUUCAGAAACAAUUGAAAAAACAAAUGUCUACGAAUGACUCUAGUAGUGUUGGUAAUGACGAUGAUCAUUGCAAUACUUAUGACAGCAGUGAUCAAGACGUUUUUGAGCUCUCUGAUUCACCUAUCACUUUGGAUGACCUAAUUUCUGAACAUUCUAAUACACGUCAAGGAACAUCGAGAUUGUCUGUGAUAUCAAGUGAAAACAUUAAGGAAUCCUUACCGUACAUUCCGCAACAUUUACCACGUCCUACACCUAUUGAAUGGAGACGUCCUGACGAAUAUGUGUUUGUUAGUUUGCCAGAAAGUGUAUUUUCUGAGGGACUUUAUUCAAUUGUCACUUGGCUAAUCCAAUUGAUACAAGAUAAAUGUAAAGCAACAAAUUUUUCUAAUCAGCAUACUGAUGAUCAAAAUAACAUUAGUAGUACACAAGAUAUGUAUAUUCAACGUUUACAAUCUUGUUUGAUUUAUAUGGAUUUGUGGAAUAAAGGUUAUUAUAUUAGUACAUCCACUGUAAAAAUGGGUGGUGAUCUCCUGGUUUAUCAAGGUGAGUAGUAAAUUUUAGUCGUUGAUUCUGUUUCUUUUUCGACCUGUCUUUUGUGUUCAUUCCUUUUUUUCCUUUUUCUUGUAUCAAACACAAAUGUUACAUAAAAUUCCUCUCAUUAAUUACGUUAAUAUAGUAUGAAAUAUCUUUAGUUUAUUUUUGUCGUGCUGUAAAUAUAUGAUGUAAUAGUGUAAUAAUUAUUAAUUUUUCACAAGUUCAAUUUCAUAACUUUUCACUAGUGGGUUAUUUGCCGUACUUUAUAAUGGUUGUUAUACUCACUUCUCUAUAGUUUUUUAUUUACAUGAAAUAAUAAUGUAAUAUCACACUGUUGUGGUGUGUGCUACUGAUGUCGAUAGAUAUACGUAGUAUGUAUCAUCAAUAGAAAGUGAAAUGUCUGGUGACAGAAGGUUAAGAAGAUCGAAGAACAGAUUACAAGAACAGAGAAUGAUUGGUGUGUAAUUGAAGGAACAAUAAAGUUUGAGACGAAUGAUUGACAUUUUGCAAAUGAAGUAUUUGCUGUAUAGUUCUCAAAUUUUACUAAGAUAUUAUGCAGUUUUAUGUUCAAAUCGAUUUGAUUGUCCCCACUUGUGUUCUCGUUCACUACAGUAUAAUGCAGAUCACAACUUCAUGAAAUGUACAUAUAUUUUUUUCUUGAUUCUUAAUGAUAACAAUAUAAAAGGUGUUGUCCUCAUUUUCAUAAAUAAAUAGUUAAAUUUACCUUAAUUAUGUAAAUAAAAUAAAUCAGAAGUGAAGUGAAUAUUCAUAUGUCGUAAGGCAAUAGGUAGCAUUAAACAAUACAUUCAUCACUAUAUCUCAUCUUUCUGAGUUAUUGUGCUCUCUAGUAAUUAGUUUCAAAAUGGAUUUCUCAAAUUUUUAUUAGGAAAAUUGUAAAAUCACUUAUAUUGCGGUGUGGUAAUUGUUAAGACAGCUUUCGAGAACCACUAUGGAGCCUCCAACGACCUUAAAGGAGCUGAAGAGUGUUGGGGACGAUAGAUCCC